CUUUCAUGUGUCUUGCAGUCCAUGGCGACGGCAGUGGCACAGCUCUUUAUGGCUCUGCCUCACAGUCCUGGUGUCUGGAGCCUGCAGCACACUGGAGCCGCCUGCUUUGUGAAGGACAACCCCCAGCGCUCCUACUUCAUACGCAUGUUUGACCUGAAGGUGGGGAGAAUGGUUUGGGAGCAGGAACUUUAUAACCAGAUCGUGUAUUCGUCACCUCAGCCUUUUUUUCAUACUUUUACUGCAGACGACUGUCAAGUUGGUCUAAACUUCGCAGAUCAACAGGAAGCAGACGCCUUUCUACACGCUGUCGAAGAAAAAAUCAACCAAAGAAAUUACAGACAAGAUAAGAAACAGCGCCCUCCUCAGUCUUCCGGAGACAGGGCUCUUCCUCCUGUGCCAAAUGAUAAAGGGUCUGUGAGCCCGGGUGGUUUCCACAUGGCCACAGUGGACAUCCAGAACCCAGACAUCCAGUCGUCACGGUACCGCUCCAUGCCCUCCCCCAUUAUCUCCCCCAUCGCUUCCCUGUCCAAGAGCAAGAAGGACAAAAAGAGCAAGAGCAAGAAGGGGCCUAAGCUGUCCAAGGCAGAUAUAGGAGCACCAAGUGGAUUUAAGCAUGUGACUCACGUGGGCUGGGACCCAAAUAACCUGGACCCUGACCUUCUGAAGCUGCUGUCCCAGGCCGGAAUACAGGAGGCGGACAUGAAAGAUGAGCACACCUCUCAGCUCAUCUACGACGUGAUCGAACAGUCCGGGGGGUUGGAGGCCGUCAAGAGAGAGGUCAACAAAGGUAGUGGCCCUCCUCCUCCUCCUCCCCCAGGCAGACAGGGCCCCCUCCCUCCUGUGCCCGGCUCUGGUGCUCCGGCUCCUCCCCCUCCUCGCGGCCGCUCUGGACCUCUGCCCCCCCUCCCGGGACAGUCCAGAGGCGGCCCAGCCCCUCCUCCCCCACAGCAGCCUCCGUCCCGUGGGGCAGUUCCUCCUCCACCACAGUCUCAUCCCUCCGGUCGUGGUGGUGGUCUCCCUCCUCCUCCUCCAUUGCACUACUCACCUGCCAGCAAGCCCUCACAUCACACGUUACCUCCCCCACCUGCCCCCUCCAGCCAACUGCACUCUCCAGUCCCACCAGCUCCCCGUGCCCCGCCCGCUCCCAACAGAGGAGGAGGUGGUGGAGGAGGAGGAGGUGGACCACCCCCUCCACCACCACCUCCGCCUCCACCUGUUAUGACCUUUCCAGGUGGACCAGCCCCUCCCCCUUUGCCCUGCGGAGGUGCCCCAAAACCUGCCCCACCCUCGUCCAGUGGGGAUAGUAGAGGGGCGUUACUGGAUCAGAUCAGACUGGGAAAGAAGCUCAGGAAUGUGACAGACUGUGUGGACCAAGCCCCACCCACUCCCACUUCAUCAGGGGAGGGCAUAGUAGGCGCUCUGAUGAUGGCCAUGCAGAAGAGAAGCAAAGUCAUCCACUCUUCAGAUGAAAGUGAAGAAAUUGGGGAUGAUGAUGAUGAUGACGACGAGUGGGAUGACUGAUCAAGUCUAUUUUGUGCGAAUAGGCCUACCAUUUAUUUUGCAUAUUAUUGUUAUUAGUUGUUGGCAUUAUUAAGUGUUAUGCAAUGUUUUGAAUGCAUAAAAAUAAAUGGACAAACUGAAAAAACAA